AUGUCGCAUCAAGACUCGCCCGAACGGGCGUCCGACGACAAGAAGGAUGCGGGAGACAAUCGGCGAGGCUCUGUUACCGGGGUACCGAACCCGGCAGGCUGGUCUUCGUGGUUCGGCGGGAAGGACGUCGUGAUCGGGCCACGCAUCGGGCCUGUCCUGAGCAGCAUUUCAAUCGGGAGCGACUCCGACAUCGAGCAGACGAGCAGUACCGCCAUUCUCGACAAGCAGCUGGCCGAAGACUCGGAACAUGCCAUCAAAUAUCGGACCUGCAGCUGGCAAAAGACUGCCGGGUUGCUCUUCUCCGAACUCAUCCUGACCGUUGUCAUCUCUGGCAUCGUGCUAUACACAUCGUUGGUCCUCUGGGAAUUCUGUCUGCGUCACCCCGAGGUCCGCGAUGUCUGUGAUAUUGGCCAGAUGCUGUUUUGGAACAAGAAGUGGGCGUGGUGGGCCACUGCCGUGAUGUUUCUGUUGAACAAUACUUUCAUCCAGGGUCUGCAUGUCUUGGUCGGGGCCAAGUAUCUCAACACCAUGACCGAGGCCGAUCAGGUCGGGUGCCGGACUGUCAGUUUCGGUAUCGUUGUGGCCAUUGUGUGCUGGCUAUUCUCGCUUCCCCGGACCUUCGACAUGCUGUCCAAGAUCGGUACCGCGUCCGCCUUCUUCACCUUCGUCUCCGUCCUCCUUGCAACCAUCUUCGCAGCCAUCCAAUCAGAACCAGCCGGAUUUGAUGGCACGGCCCCGAUUGUGACGGCCUCGCCCGUGCUUGGAACGACGUUCGUGAACGGUCUCGGCGCCUUCCUCAACAUCAGCUACACCUUCAUCGGCCAGAUCACCCUUCCUUCUUUUAUCGCUGAGAUGAAGGACCCACGUGACUUUCCCAAGGCGCUCUGGGCCUGCACCAUCGCCGAGAUCGUGCUGUUCAGCGUCGUCGGUGCCGUCGUCUACGCCUACGUCGGUAACCAGUACAUGACCGCCCCGGCCUUUGGAUCGUUAGAGCCAGUGUUCAAGAAGGUGUCCUUCUCGUUUAUGAUUCCCACCAUCAUCUUUCUCGGCGUGCUGUAUGCGUCCGUGUCAGCCCGCUUCAUCUUUUUCCGCAUCUUCCAGAACUCGCGCCAUAAGAGCGAGCACACCCUGGUUGGCUGGGCUACCUGGACGUCAAUCUUGUUGGCAACCUGGAUUUUGGCAUUCAUCAUCGCCCAGGUCAUCCCCUUCUUUUCUUCACUCCUCUCCCUGAUGAGCUCGCUGUUCGACAGCUUCUUCGGCUUUAUCUUCUGGGGCGUCGCCUACUUUCGAAUGCGCCAGGCGGACGGAAGCAUCGCGGUCGUGAAGGAGCACACCAUUUCCGGUUACUUGCUCGGGGCGCUGAACGUGAUCAUCAUCGUGAUUGGUGUCUUCUUCCUCACUGUCGGUACCUACGCCACCGUUGAGAGUAUCAUCAUCGAGUUCGAGACCGGGGCGGUCAGGGGCGUGUUUUCUUGUGCUAGCAAUGGGUUAUAG